AUGGCUGAGCAAUGCCUAUCUAAUGCUACUGAGACUCCGUCCAUUUCCCAUCCGAUGAAACAGCCAACUUCGAUAGAAGCUCGUCAUGUAAAUACUCUCAUUCGUCGUUCUCUAUCCAAUAAACUAAACAUUCUUUCUCUAACUCCAUCAACUACAAUGACGACUGCUUCGACACCAUCGACAGGUUCACUGGCGAUGACUUGUAUUGAAUUAGGUUGUGUCGUUCGAUCGAUUCAUCGUCCUCAAUCUAUAAUGAAUGCAACGGAAACGAUCACGACGACUCCUUCUACUGACGAGGAUCACGUAUUUAUGCAUGAUGUUAAACGACUCGAAGUAUUGACAGAUGCCAACAACUGUGCCUUAACUUUUGAUAGUGACAACGACGACAAUGAUGACGAUGAUGAUGAUGAUUCUUUUGACGAUGAAGAAGAAGCUAUUGUAGCUGACUCUCUUAAUUCUUCAUUGUCUUCAACUAUGUUGAAUUACGUUCCUAUGCCAUGUCCCAUUUGCCUCGAGCAAGCAUCAUUACAAACAGCUCCAUGUUGUACAUUUUAUUGUUGUUCUUCUUGUUGGCGUUCUCACAUUUCAGCUUCAUUAAAUGAUGGUCGCAUUAAAAUGUUAUGUCCAUCGAAUGAAUGCAACAAAUAUUUGACGAGAGAUUCUAUUGUAAAUUUUCUUCGUUAUGAUCCAAUAUUAUAUGAACGUUAUCAUAAAUUAUAUGAUAAUGCAAAUCAAAAUCCUCGUGCUAAAACAUGUCCACGUUGUUCACAUCUUUAUUCACUCGAUACAAUAACACCUGUUAAACUAAAAAAACAUAAGAAAAUUCCCAAACAAGUUCAAUGUUCCGAAUGUUCGCUUGUGUGGUGUUUUCGUUGUUCGGCACCAUGGCAUGAUAGUUUAACAUGUAAACAAUUUAUGAAAGGCGAUAAACUUUUAUUAAAAUGGAUUAAACAAAAAUCUGAAGAACAACGAAAUGCAAGAAAAUGUCCAAAAUGUUCUUCAUUUAUACAACGCGCUGGAGGUUGUCCUCAUAUGACAUGUUCAUCGUGUUCUUGUGAAUUCUGUUAUUUAUGUGGUCGACGUUAUGUUAAAAUUCCAAUUAUUGGCCAACAUAGUAAUAAGCUCAGUAUGUUUGGAUGUCCAUAUAAUCUUCAUCCGGACAGACCCUGGCUACGUCGAACCAUUCGUGGUAUGGUUGCUACGGGUGUUAUUGUUGCAUCACCUAUUAUUGUUGCUGGUGCUGUAACUGCAGCUGCUGUUGUUUUACCACCAGUUGGCAUUUAUAAACUUGUUAAACGUAUACGUGCUCGACGUUCGACAGAUAUUUUAAUGCGAUCUUUUCGUGACGAACAAAAUUUGUUAAAUGGUAUUCAUAUUCAGCAAUUGCAAAAUCCUCUACUGGAAUUCGAUUACAACGAUGAACACAUUAGUGCUGCUGCAAGAUUAGCUAUCUUACGAGAACAUUAUGAAAUAAGAUCUUUUGCACAAAGAAACGAAGAAACUAUCAAUGAAACAUUUCCAUUAGCAAUAUUUGCCGAUAUGGAUGUUGAAAAUUUAACUUCCGAUGAUGAUAAAAUCCCACCAGGCUUUCAAACGUGCCCAACGACACCCUUGCUUGACAAACGAAAAGUUCGUAGUCGAAGUUUAAGCAAUUCAGAACCUAUAAUUCAUCCAAAUAUUAAUCGUUAUCAUUCAGUCUCGUUAGAACAUUAA